AUGGUGGUGGUGGUGGUCGUUGAGGUGGUGGCGGUGGCGGUGGUGGCUGUGGUGGUGGUGGCUGUGGUGGUGGCUGUGGUGGUGGUGGCUGUGGUGGUGGUGGUGGUGGUGGUGGUGGUGGCGGUGGUGGUGAGUUGGGUGAGGCUGAGGGGCUGA